UAAAAUUAGAGUUGUCAUCAUUCAUAAACCUGUGUGGCCUUUCACUGGAUGCUACCAGUCUGCAGCUGUGGUAUUCCCCUAUGUCAGCCACCCCUCAGCCUUCCUCUCUGCCUUCACCCAGAUGGAGUGGCCAGUCUGCCUGCCCCUCAGAACCUCUCUGUGCACUCAACCAACAUGAAGCAUCUCUUGACAUGGAGCCCAGUGAUCCUGCCUGGAGAAACAGUACACUAUUCUGUUGAGUAUCAGGGAGAGUAUGAGAGCCUGUACUUAAGCUGGAUCUGGAUCCCCACCAGCUGGUGCACGGUCAUUGAAGAACCCAAGUGUGACGUCACGGAUGACAUCACUGCCACAGUCCCUUACAAACUCCGUGUCAGGGCCACAUUGGGCUCCCAAACUUCUGCCUGGAGUACCCUGAAGCACCCCUUUAAUCGAAACUCAACCAUCCUCACUCCACCCAGGAUGGAGGUGUCCAAGGAUGGCUUCCACCUGGUUAUUGAGCUGGAAGACCUGGGGCCGCAGUUUGAGUUCCUCGUGGUCUACUGGAGGAGGGAGCCUGGUGCCAAGGAACAGACCAAAGUGGUGAGGAGUAGGGGCGUUCCUGUGCACCUGGAAACCAUGGACCCAGGGGCCACAUACUGUGUGAAGGCCCAGUCUCUGGUGAAGGUCAUCGGUAGGCACAGUGCCUUCAGCCAGGCAGAGUGUGUGGAGGUGCAAGAAGAGGCUCUCCCACUGGCCCUGGCCCUGUUUGCUUUCCUUGGCUUCAUGCUGAUCCUCGUGGUUGUGCCGUUCUCCAUCUGGAAAAUGGGUCAGCUGCUCCGGUACUCCUGCUGCCCCGUGGUGGUCCUCCCAGACACCUUGAAAAUAACCAAUUCACCCCAGAAGUUAAUCAGCUGCAGAAGGGAAGAGGUGGAUGUCUGUGCCACAGCUGUGCUAUCUUCUGAGGAACUCUUCAAGGCCUGGAUCUAGACCUGAGGAAGGGCCCACAGACUGGCCUGCAGGACACAGGACUCGUGAGGGGUGAGGCUGUGUUCCUGUUUUCCUCCAUGGAUGAAGGACAAGAGAAGUAUGAAGAGCCUGCCAUGUCCAUGUGCGGAAGCAACUGUCAGAGGCUGAGUGUCAUGCCAGUGGCACUGGUGAGAGUUCAGGAGAUGUGACUUCCAGACCCGGAGCUGACAUUUGCUAGCUGAGUGACCCUGGGGAAAGUGACUUCAUCCCUCUGGUCCUCAGAUUUCUCAUCUGCAAUGGGGAUUAAUUACGCACCUGUCUCUGCUCUCUGUCUCUCUUUCUAUGUAUGUAAAUACAUUCAGCACUUGCAGGACUGCCGGUGGCAUUCAUGCUGGGAAAGGCCAGUGCUCCUGGAGAGCAGGAUAUAAAUGUGUAGUAAGAAGGACCAAAGGCCACACAUGAGUUGGCUUGGGCUCCCCGCUUUCCCAGAGGAAAUGGAAGAGGAAAGGAAGGAUGGGAGCAAGUGUUGAUCUCCCUUCAAGCCAAAUGCCUAUGCAGAGGUGGAGGGCUCAGCAAGCCAUGGUGGGUGAACUGGAAGGCCACAGCCCCCCAACGUAGGAUGUGCACCAGUGCUGGAGAUCCACAAAACACCAUCAAGUGUGGACUGUGUGCACAUCCUGAGGAUGGCAGGUAAUAUGUGUGUUGUGUGACGAGAGGGCAGGAGGUGGUCAGUUCCAAGUGUAAUGUUUGUAGCAUCUGUUUUUCCUGUGAAGUUGUCAAAGUGCAGAAGUAAAAAUCAAAAGGGGUAGUCUUUUUGGUUCCUGCAAAAAAAGCGGGCUUCGGGGUUUUAGUUACAUCACCAGCCCUAGGUCCAGAGAAACAUACAGUACACACAGCUCUGGCUUCAUGCUUCAGCCCCUAGCCACAGGCUGCUUGCUUCGGGGACAGCUUCUAUUGCACAAGAGCUCCAGUUGAGUCAGGAGGCAACAAGAUCACCUGACCAGGGCGCUCUUGGUUUUUCCCAGAGGCCCCUUUCCAUAGGAUUUCUGUGGGUACUUCCUUUUCCUUUAGGCAUUCCACUCAGAGAUCAGACUCUGCCUCUUCUACUCUGCUUUUCCUGUUCUCAACUCUGGAAGCCCCUACUCACUCCUCUCCCCAACCAGGUGAAGAAGAAAGCCUAAGGCUAGAGAAGGAGUGGAGGGAGGAAGUUUCUUGAGGAGUGAAGAAUUGAUUGUUGAGCAAGACCUGUACCUUUUUAUUCCCCACUCCCUCCCAGGUCUGGAGCCUCUGAGUGGGUUCCUCUCUACCCCCACUUCCUGGCCCUUCCAGCCAGCCUGUGGUGGGGACAGUCUAACUGCCUCAACCAGAUGUUUUCCCCUUUGUAACACCACCACCCCACCAUCCUCUCUCCACCUGGCAGGGUCUCAAGUAGAUUGGGGAGGGGCUGUGUCCAGGGAUGAGAUAUCCUAAGAGCUUUGCCUUUAUGUUCUUCUUGUUGGUUUUGACUCCUUUAUGGAGAGUAUGUGCGAAUUUUAUAUUGUGCCUGAACUGGAAACAUGUUCAUUUUAUAAAAAAUAAAGACCACACGACUACAUGGGUCAUCCUUGAUCCUUCCUCUUC